CACACCCACCAUCCAGGCUCCUCUGACGUUAUGAGGGGGAUUGGGCCAGGGCGGGCCUCAGACUAUGGGGGGCUCUGAGCCCGGUGCCAAUAUUGUCCCUUCCCCCCAGCACCUGUCCCCAACAAGGCCAGGGCCCUACCUUUCUCUGCCGCUUCUUUGACAACAAGGCCACUCAGCACCUUCCACCAGCCCCCCCCCACACACACUUCAGCAGUGGCCAUUUUGAAUGGGAGCUCACUGCUUGGGGAAGGGAAGAGAGAUCAGUGGAAGAGCACCUGCCUGGCAUGCAGAAGGUCCCAGCCUUUGUAAGAGCACAAGGGAAGGUUGCAAAAGAGGACUUCCCUUUCUUGUCCCGCCAACUCAGAAGAACUUAAGAGAGUGAGUGGGCUGCAAAAUAACAUCAGAGUGACAUUUUGGAUCUUCCCCCCUUUACCGUGGAGAGGAAACAGCCACCAUGGAGCCAGCUCAGGGGCCGGUGACCUUCAAGGAGGUGGCCAUAUAUUUCACCGAGGAGGAAUGGGUCCUGCUGGAUCCAGGCCAGAGAGCUCUUUACGAGGAGGUGAUGGUGGAGGUUCAUGAGAUGGUCACCUCUCUAGCAGGUCUCGUUGAUAAUACACCUCGGUCAGGCUGCCUCUCCUCUUACUCACCGGAAAGAGCUGAGGAGCAGAAGGAGGAACAAAAAUUGGGGAGGCAAGAUGGAGCAAAGAGACAAGAGGGGAGAGAAAUGCAGAAACAAGGGGAUGAAUCCAGAGCUUCUGAGGGUGGUGAAUAUAAAAUUCAAAGGGAAACUACUCACCUAAAGGAAACGAGGAGGUCUCCUGAGUGUAAACUGACAAGACAUCCGAAGAGUCCCACAGGGGAGAAAUCAUAUACAUUCUCAGACCACAGAGAACAUUUCAGCAACAGGUUAAACCUUACUGUAUAUAAGAGAGUGCACACCGAAGACAAACAACGUAAAUGCCUGAAGUAUGGAAAGAGCUUCAGUCAUCAUUCCCAUUGUACUUUGCCUCAAAGAACUCAUACAGAGGACAGACCUUUUACAUGCUUGGAGUGUGGAAAGAGCUUCAGUCAGAGUCAGCACCUUACUUCACAUCAAAGAAUUCAUACAGGGGACAAUCCAUAUCAAUGCAUGGAGUGUGGGAAGAACUUCAGUUGCAAUACCGCCCUUACUUUGCAUCAAAGAACUCAUACAGGGGAGAAACCUUAUAAAUGCUUGGAGUGUGGAAAGAGCUUCAGGCAAAGUGGCGCCCUUACUUCGCAUCAAAGAACUCAUACAGGGGAGAAACCUUAUAAAUGCUUGGAGUGUGGAAAGAGCUUCAGGCAAAGUGGCGCCCUUACUAAACAUCAAAGAACUCAUACAGGGGAGAAACCUCAUAAAUGCUUGGAGUGUGGAAGGAGCUUCAGUCGGCUUGACCACCUUACUUCGCAUCGAAGAACUCAUACAGGGGAGAAACCUUAUGAAUGCUUGGAGUGUGGAAAGAAGUUUACUCUACAUCACCACCUUACCUGGCAUCAACGAACUCAUACAAGGGAGAAACCUUAUAAAUGCUUGGAGUGUGGUAAGAGCUUCAGUUGGAGUAGCAACCUUACUGCACAUCAAAGAACUCAUACAGGGGAGAAACCAUUUAAAUGUUUGGAGUGUGGAAAAGGCUUUAGUCGUAGUGACCACCUUACUUCACACCAAAGAAUUCACACAGGGGACAAACCUUUUAAAUGCUUGGAGUGUGGAAGGAGCUUCAGGAAGCAUUUCCAGCUUAGUUGUCAUAAACUAACUCAUACAAAAUACAAACCUUAUAAGUGCUUGGAGUGUGGAAAGAGCUUCAGUCAGAGUGGCAAUCUUACUGCGCAUCAAAUAAUUCAUACAGGGGUCAAACCUUAUAAAUGUUUAGAUUGUGGAAAGAACUUCAGUCACAGGACCUCCCUUACUGUGCAUCAAAGAAUUCAUACUGGAGACAAACCUUAUAAAUGUAUGGAGUGUGGAAAAGGCUUUAAUCGUAGUCAACACCUUAUUUCACACCAAAGAAUUCACAUGGGACAAACCUUUGAAAUGCUUGGAGUGUGAAAAGAUCUUCAGUCAGCUUUGCCAACUUCACAUUGAAGAAUUCAUAGAGGGGACAAACUUUAUAAAUGCUUGGAGUGUGGAAAGAGCUUCAGUCAGCAAUGCCAUCUUACUAUACAUCAAAGAACUCAAUAGAGGUCAAACCUUAUAAUUGCUUGCAUGGUGGCCCCUAAAAUUAUGAAAACCUUUUUCUACAGCUGUUUGUCCCAUGACCUGUCAUUUACCAAUACAGAAUUUAACCUUUGUUAAGAAAAAGUGCGGUGAAAGAAAAGGCCAAUUCUGAAUGAAGCUGGGAUUUCUAUGGGGAUCCAAAAAGUAUCCAUGCAGUGUUAUAACUCACUACUGUUACUUGUUUAUUUUUUAUAGCAUUUAUACCCCGCUGUUCAGCCAAAAGGCUCCCAGGGCGGCUUACAUUAAAUCAAUUAAAGUCAGGGAGUCCCUCCCCAUAGGUGUCCACUAAGAAAACAACUGACACAGGGAAAGGGACGGGAGGCAGGGCUGGUUCUAAAGGGCGGCCAGGUUGGGCACUGGCCUGAGGGCCCCGGAGUUACAGGAGCCCCUGAGGGGCCCUCUGCCCCCCCCCGCGAUCCGUGCCCCCCCUGACCCCCCACUUACCUGUCAGACGGCUUUUUAGUAUUGCCCUUAAUGAAGAUG